AUGGAGCUGCUGGCUGGGGCAGCAGGGUUCGGAGGCUUCGGUCUCGGAGGAGGUGCCGGCGGCUUCGGUCUCGGAGGUGGUGCUGGCGGCUUCGGCCUCGGAGGUGGUGCUGGCGGCUUCGGUCUCGGAGGCGGAUUCGGAGGCUACGGUCUCGGCGGUGGUUACGGAGGCUACGGACUCGGUGGCGGCUACGGAGGAUACGGGGCCGGUCUGAAGGGCGGUGUCGGAGGUUACGGUGGCGGUCUCAAGGGAGGCUAUGGAGGUCUGGGAGGAGGUUACGGUGCCGUCGGAGGUUACGGCAAGGGAUGGAAGAAUAGGGCCGGUCGCAUUCCCACACGGCCAGCAUCUAGUGGCUAUUCCUUUUGGAGGGUCGUUGCCCUUGCAGCCCUUGUGGCUUGCGCUCAUGCUGGUGGACACGGCGGCUAUGGAGGCUACGCCGCUGGUGGAUACGGUGGCUAUGGCGCCGGUCUAGGUUACGGUGGUUAUGGCGCUGGACUCGGCUACGCCGACGGUCUGGGCCACGGCCAUGUCGGUCCAGGCCACGUCCACGGCGGCAGGGUUGGCCAUGGACACCCAGUAAAGCACCCAGUUGCUAGCCUCGGUGUUGUGAAGCAGCCAGUGGUGAAGCAGCACUUCGUCACCAAGCCCGUUGUUAGUCACCUGACCGCACCAGUGACCACCGUCACCGAGAACGUCGCGCCAGUCCUUAUCCAGCACGGAGCUGCUGGAGUUGGAGCAGGUGCUGGACUCGCUGCCGGCGCUGCUCUCGGUACAGCUGCCGCUCUUCAAAGCGGAGCUGCAGGAUUCGGAGGCUUCGGUCUCGGAGGAGGUGCUGGCGGCUUCGGUCUCGGAGGUGGUGCUGGUGGAUUCGGUCUCGGAGGCGGUGCUGGUGGUUUCGGUCUCGGCGGUGGAUACGGAGGGUACGGCCUCGGCGGUGGCUACGGAGGCUACGGAGCCGGUGCUGGCUACGGAGGAUACGGUGCUGGUGUGAAGGGUGGCCUCGGAGGCUACGGUGUCGGAGGAGGUUACGGACUUGCCGGAGGCUACGGCAAGGGAUGGUAA